AUGGAGCAGCUGGUAGGGCACGCGCUCGCGCGCGUGGACGAACUGGAGAAGGCGACGAACGAGUUGGAUACGAAGCAGAACGCAAUGACGCAGCUCAUGGAUGCAAAGCAGGCCGCCACCGCGGAGCUCGUGAAUGCGAAGCAGGCCGCCACCGCGGAGCUCGUGAAUGCGAAGCAGAACGCCUCGGCAGAGCUGAUGCAGGCGCUGCUCACGCAGGUUCACGAGCUUCGGACGGACAAUCGGAGUCUUCGUGCCCGGCUUGAUGCGCUCGAACGUCAGCCCAAGCAUUCGGGAAGCAGCGGCAGCGCGCGCCCUGCAACGCUCGCAGAGAUUGUGGAGCGACGCGAUGCGCUUCGUGAGAUCAAGCAGGCCGGCAUCGAUUGCCGGCUAGCCCGAGCGACUGGUUACUCGUGCGCAGAGGCGCGGCAAGCUGGUUACCCGCUGCUCGAGGCCAAGGCCGCCGGGUGGUCGUCGGACGAGCUGAGGAUGGCGGGUUACAUAAGCUCGAAGGGCAUGUCGUCGCGCGAGUUCUUCGACCGCUACCAGGCCGGCACCACCAACUUCUCUGGGCUCGACUUUUCGGGCGAGGACUUCAGCCGGAUGGUCAUCGACAAAGCGUGCACCUUCGCGGGCAGCCUUCACACUGCCCGGUGGGCGAGUGCCAAGAUCACGGGCGGCGCGAAGACCUCCAAGCCGUUCAAGGCUCUCGGAUUCGCGUGCUCGGAGGCGCGCUCGUUAGGGCUCCUCGAGGGGCUCCGGCAGGCGGGCUACUCGAGUGUGCAGGCGAAGCAGGCGGGCUACUCGUGUGCGGAGGCGAAGCAGGCGGGUUACUCGUUGGCGGAGAUGAAGCAGGCGGGUUACUCGUUGGCGGAGAUGAAGCAGGCGGGUUACUCGUUGGCGGAGAUGAAGCAGGCGGGUUACUCGUUGGCGGAGAUGAAGCAGGCGGGUUACUCGUGUGCGGAGGCGAAGCAGGCGGGCUACUUGCCUCAUGAGUGCAGUGAUGCAGGGUUCACAUUCAGCGAGGGGAAACAGUCUGGCUAUCGUCACAACGAGUACUGCUGGACGCAGGGGGCUUCGCAGGGGUACAGCAAACUGGAGUACAACCGUCAGUAUGGAGAGCAGCACAACCGUUGGUGA